UUUUAAUAUCGAUCCGCGAUCAUCACUUUAAAUAAAUCUCUUUAAAAAUUUUUUUGUUCAAAAAUUAAACUUUGAGUAUUUAGGAAGAAAUGUAAAAUGACACGCGACUCAGUUGCUAGUUUGAUUUAUUAGUGAAUAAUUUAAAAAUAAAAGGUAUUAACUGACAAUUACAGUGAGAGUUUAUGUAUUAUAUCUUUAUUAGACUGUCACAAAUAACUUGUGUCAAAUUGAAUUAUUGUUUUGAUUACGACAUUGGGAACUUCUUAUCAAUUUUAACAUUUCACUAGCUGCCUUUUUGUAGUCAUUCUAUUUUUAUGUUACACCUCGAGGGAUGUCUCAGAGUCGUUGAAACUGUCGACCGAGUACCACCUUCUCAUCUCUUUUCAUUUUUUAUUAUUCAUUUUAUGGAGUAAAAGUUUUUCGCAAUAAAAAUUUUUUUAAGUUUUAUAUAUUUUUGAACAACUCCGAAGAUGAUCAAAGGCAAAGAAUUGUUGUCAUGCCGGCAAACGCUUUGGCUCCUCGUUUUCACAGGAUGCGUAAUAAAUUACAUGUUAAAAUUUAGUUUAAAUUUAGCAAUAGUUGCUAUGGUGGUCCCGAGAGCCAAAUCCCCAACUACUGCACAAUGCAGUUCCAAUGAAAACCUUUCAAACUCAACGAUCGCUUCUAAUGUCACCACAGUUCUGCCUAUUCUCAGUCAAAAUAUAUCGUAUGCAGAUAGAUUUAAUUGGACAGAAUAUGAACAAGGAUUAGCACUAGGAGCAUUUUUUUGGACAUACUGGGCAACUCAUGUACUUGGAGGACUUCUGGCCCAACAUUACGGGACUAAAUUGAUCUUCGGCGGCGCUAAUUUCAUCGCUUGUAUAAUUGUACUUCUCAUUCCCGUCACAAUUAAGUAUCAUCUCUAUGCGUUCCUUGUUCUGCGAGUUUUCCAAGGCGCGGUUAUGGGAGUAGUUUUACCGUCGAUGAAUGUGAUGACAGCAAAAUGGAUCCCGCCGACCGAACGUAGUAAAUUCGUAAGCGCUUACAUGGGAGGAACUGUUGGUACAUCUGUUACAUAUUUACUGUGCGCAUUUAUAAUCCACUAUUUCAAUUGGGAGACAGCAUUCUAUACAAUGUCCGUCGCGGGAUUAACCUGGUACUGUUUUUGGCUCUACUUUGCUUACGAUUCGCCUCAGCAGCAUCCGCGAAUAAGCAAAGCUGAGCUGAAUUACAUUUUGGAAAACACGCCGCCCAUUAUCAAAAACAGUAAGGAUACACCUAUCCCCUGGAAAGCUAUUUUGACUUCAGGACCAUUCUGGAUCGCGGUUUUCUCGCACUGGGGAGUAACGUGGGGAUUCUAUACUCUAUUGACUCAAAGCCCAAGUUACUUCAGCUUCAUACACGGCUGGGAUAUUAAUAUGACUGGAUUAAUAACUGGGGCACCGCAUAUUCCUCUGAUGAUAUUCUCGUACACGUUUGGUAUUUUUUGUGACUGGCUAUUGAAACAUAAUAAAAUGAGUCGGACAGGAGUCAGAAAACUUGCAAUGUUCAUCGCAACAUUCGUUCAAGCUUUUUUCAUCAUCGGAUUAAGUCUCAGCGGCUGUCAUUCUAAUUUUGCUGUAUUCUUUAUGCUCUGCGGUACAGUCGCUAACGGCGCUAUUUCUUCAGCAACACUCGCUAAUUUUGUCGACCUCAGUCCUAAUUACAGUAGUAUAUUAUUUGGAAUUUGUGGCCUUAUUGCUAACGGGGCCGGUGCUUUGUCGCCUUUUAUCGUCGGAAUGCUUACUAAUGGAAAUCAAACGAUAGGACAAUGGCGCAUAGUAUUUUUGAUAACUGCGGGCAAUUUAAUAUGCGGCGGAGUUCUUUAUUUAGUAUGGGGAACUGGUGAAGAACAGCCGUGGAAUAAUUUGUACAACAAUGAUGAUGAACAGGGUGAAGAAUUACAAAAACUUAAGCAUGAACAUACAGAGAUAAUUGAAAAUUGCGCGGCGAUAGAUGAAAAAAAAUUGGAGAAAGAAAAAGAAGCUAACGGUUUAGAAUUAGCAGCCUCGUUUACUUGUUCUGGAGCACCACAAAAUCGUGUAAUUAGUAUCGCUGUAAAUAAAAAUUCCGAACAUGAAAAAGUAAAUCUGGAUAUUGAGUUUCAAUGUUUGAUCAUGUCGCUAAAAGACUUAAUAAGCUGUCGAGAUGUCUUAUGGUGGAUGGUUUUUUCUGGUCUGGGUGUUAACUUUAUGCUGAGAGUUAAUUUGAAUCUUGUUCUUGUUGCUACUGCUAAACAAACUGAAAUUUUACAGGCUGUAUCUCAAUGCGGACAAGAAAUAAACAAUAUAAGUAUAAGUAAUGUACAGCAAAAUAUUAAUUUUUCACUGACUAACGAUACAAGUGAUGAAGAAAUUGGAAAAAAUAAAUAUCAGUACUCGGAGUACGAACAAGGUCUGGCAAUUGGUGCUUAUUACUGGAUUCACUGGAUAAGUGAAAUACCAGGAGGUAUUUUGGCGCGAAAAUAUGGAACCAAAAUGAUUUUCGGUGUUGGAAAUUUACUAGCCGCGAUUUUGGGAUUUUUUUUAUCACUUACUAUGGAGUACAGUCUCUACAGUCUGAUAUUUGUGCGCGUACUUCAAGGAUUAGUUGCUGGCGUCGCUUAUCCUGCAACUCAUGACAUGACAGCCAAAUGGAUUCCGCAAAAUGAAAGAAGCAAAUUUGUGAGCGCAUAUAUGGGGGGAAGUGUUGGAAUCGCUCUGACAUAUCCGCUGAGUGGUUUUAUAAUUGAUUACCUCGGCUGGGAGUCCGUAUUUUACAUAACUUCACUUUUCGGCAUCGUCUGGUAUUUCUUAUGGAUAAUUUUUGUCUACGACACACCGCAACAGCACCCCCGUAUAUCAGAAAGCGAAAAAAAAUAUAUCCUAGAUAAUUUAGGCGCAUCAGUAGACCAUUCAAAUCGCAAUUUAUCAAUACCUUGGAGUAAAAUAUUAACAUCAUGGCCAGUAUGGGCAUCAAUCCUCUCAAACUGGGGUGCAGUUUGGGGAUACUUUACUCUAAUGGCCCAAGCGCCGGCUUAUUUUAAAUUCAUCCAUGGCUGGAGUGUCGAAAAAACAGGAGUUCUUUCCGGUCUCCCUCACUUCCUGACGAUGGUCUUCAGCUGGAUAUUCGCUCACAUGAGCGACUGGUUGCUGCAAACUGAAAGACUGACUCUGACUAAUGUAAGAAAACUCGCGACUUUUGUCUGCUCAGGAAUUCCUAGUGUCCUAGUACUCGGACUAGCAUUCAGUGGUUGCUAUCCCGUGCUCGCGGUAAUUUUUAUAAUGGGCGGAAUAGCAUCAGCUGGCGCCGUCACUUCUGGACCCCUAUCUAAUCUCGUUGACCUCAGUCCAAAUUAUGCGAGUAUACUGCUCGGUAUCUGUGGCCUUGUGAUUGACAUUGCCGGAUUUGUCUCUCCACUAAUCGUAGGAUCUUUAACAAACGACAACCAAACUAUUGGCCAAUGGCGGCUAAUUUUCAUCAUCGCAUUUUUAAACAUGGGAAUCUGUUGCCUCAUUUACUGUAUCUGGGGCACCGCCGAAGAGCAAUCAUGGAACCAGUAUCACACGGUCAAUAAAAACGAAGACGAUUAUAAAAUAACAAUCGAACUUAAAACUCAAUUAACCAAUCAAUGAGACUUAUAAUUAAUGUAAAUAAUUACAACAAAUUAUUUCACUUGAUAUUUUAGUUUUUAUUUCAUAAAGAAUAAGAAAAAGUUUAAAUUAAUACAAAAAUUUAUAAAUUACCAUACUAAAAAUUCAUCAAUUAUCAAUUAUUAAUAAUCACUCAUUACAAUUAUUUAAUUUUCAUAAAAUGAAUUUAGACAAGUGCUAAAAAAUUGGUCCAUUGGAAGACAGUAUCAUAUUAAUUAACAAUUACUCAAAUAAAGCUGUGGUAAAUUUAAAUAUUUAAUAAAUACAAUUAAAUAUUAUGCAAUUAUUUUAAUGCGCUAUUAUGAAGGUAAUGAUUUAUUGAUCAGACUAGUGUCGGGUGCAAGGCUCAAGCCAACGCAUUAAUGUACUUAUUAAAAUAAGUUAAUUAAACUCUAAAAUAAUUAUAAUUAAUUAAAAACAUUACUAAUUUAUAUUAAGAUUAAAUAAUUUAUAUAUUAUAUAGUAAAUUUAUUGAUAAACUUCUGUAAUAUAUUUGUAUUUUUUUCUGUUCCGUAUACUUAUAUUACGUAUAUUUUGAUAAAUUUGUUACUGUAAUUCUCUGAAUUUAAAAUUAAAUGCCGCGUCUACGCGACAAGUGAUUUAUUUUGAUUUUUAUUUAUAUUAUAUUUUCUCUAUAAAUAUAAACCAUA